AUGCGGCAGCAAUUCAAUGGUGCAAACGCGUACUCCAUGAAAGAAACAUCGCCCCCGUCAUGGAAAGAUAUCGGUGCCAUGCAAGAUCCUCAGCACUAUCACAUUGUCUUGGAGAGCAGCCAGCCGCCAGAGCAGCACGUUUCACCCGAUAUGCUCCAGCUUUUUCCUACUACAAGCUCGCAGGGAUGCAGCAUGGAAGGUUGCGCGUAUGUCGGCACAGACAAAAGUGUUUUACAAGAAAUAUUUUCGCUAUCGAAAACACCUGCGCCCCAACGAUCCCAAGCAUCGGAAAGUUCCCGCAGCGCAGUGUCUUCAGCGCAAUCUGAGCUGAAGAAGGAAGGAAGUCCGCUGCCAGGAUCGAUGCCAUCUACAUCAUCGCGUAAAACCGAAGCACAGUCUGACGCACCUUUCAGCUCGGUUUCCCACAAUGACGAAGAAAUUCCGACGUGUAGUAAUUGUGGGACGCAUAGCACACCGCUCUGGCGACGAAACCACGAUACGCUGCUCCUGUGCAAUGCAUGUGGCCUCUAUUUGAAAAUCCACAAAUCACACCGCCCACUGCUUUUGCGGCAGCGGCAGCAAGUGAGCAAUGCAACCAAGAACUCGUCGCAAGAACGCGGCUCGCGACCUCCGGACUUGACGAGCUGCACAAAUUGCGGCACGCGCGUCACACCUCUAUGGCGCAAGGACGACAACGGCGCAAUGCUGUGCAAUGCGUGCGGUUUGUACUUGAAGCUUCACGGCGAGCAAAGACCUCAUCGGUACCGCGCCGAUGUGAUACGUAAGCGCGUGCGUUACGAUCAAAAAGGUCGCCCCGGUCAGGACGAUGGGCUGCCAAUGCCCAUGUCCGACUCAACACCGCACAGAGAUAUUUCGGGCGAUUCGAGUAUGGAUGAAUACGGACCGGUAAGCAGGCAUGCAUCCUGGUCCGAGGGCUUUGAGAUCGGGCCUCUCGGGCAUGACGACCUGGAGACGCCAACGCAAGAUGCCGACAAGUGCAGCCCCGUGGACGAUGCUAAGCGUUUCUUGACCUCGUCUCAGGAGCCCAUUGCCGAUCUGGCGACGCUCGCAUGUUGCGGAAACUCUAACGAGGUUUGCACCGGGCCGGUAUUGAUGAACGAUCAGUCUUACAACGACGAGAACAGUGCAUACAAUAUGAACGAAUCCGCUCAAUUCAUGUUUGGGUUGGAUAUGGGCGUGGAUUCUAUGCUGCCGCUACAAAACCAAAACUUAAUUUACAAACCCUCCAUCUGGCCCGUCUAUCAAUCGACAGCAAAACCAACUUUUGCGGAGCAAUCCCUGCAUACCCAUGCACAAACGCUGCAAUGCGACUAUUUCUAA